AUGGCAGUGUUUGGUCACGAGUGCCUGAUGACCCCCCAGUCUUCUGCGCCAGCGGUGACACGGGCUGAGCUGCCGGAGAGACCCCAGAGAGGCUUCUGCUGGUCGGUCACCCUCACUGAGUUCCCCGGGGGCAGAGGACCCUGUGCCCCGCUGCAGUCGCUCCAGCGCGUUGUCUGUCCAGCCGCUGGCCUCAUGUCGGACUUCAAACUCGGGAUCGUGCGGCUGGGCCGUGUGGCCGGGAAGACAAAGUACACACUGAUCGACGAGCAGGACAUCCCACUUGUGGAAAAUUAUGCUUUUGAGGCGCGCAUGGAAGUUGAUGCUGAUGGAAAUGGGGCCAAAAUCUUUGCCUAUGCUUUUGAUAUUGGCAAAGGUCGCUGGGCAGGAAGGCCGCUACAUGAGCUGCUUUGGGAGAAGCACAGAGGAGGCAUUGCACCUAGUUUUCAAGUCAUCCACAUUAACUCUGUCACUGUGGAUAACCGACUGGACAACCUUCGCCUGGUGCCAGUGGGAUGGACCCCAAAACCUGAAGAAAUAUCCAGCAAACAACGAGAGCAGUCCCUGUACUGGCUCGCCAUCCAGCAGGUCCCUGCGGACCCAGUGGAGGAGCAGUAUCUGGAGCUGAGUCGCACUCGUUACUACAAUGCCAACGGAGAGUUGGUGGAGGAAGAGGAAUGCUCCUGCACUUACUACGAAUGUCACUACCCUCCGUGUUCACUCAUCGAGAGACGGCUUCGGGAGUUUAAUAUCUGCGGUCGGUGCCAAGUGGCUCGGUACUGUGGGUCCCAGUGCCAGCAGAGGGACUGGCCGGCCCACAAGAAGCAGUGCCGUGAGCGCAAACGGGUUCUGGCCCUGGAGUCCGAGCCCGAGCGGUGA